UGUGAUUGCGAUUUCCAGUUUCUGGUUUUUCUCUCUCCUCCUUUUUGUUUUUCUCUCUUUGCCGUUUCAAUUCUUAACGUUGUAACGCAACAGAAGUACAAGAAAAUGGUGAACCGAGAAAGACCCAGGUGAGGGAAAAGAUAAAAAUGAUUCGGGUUGCAUGAAAGUGUCGUGCUUGAAGUGAAGAUAGUGUGGAGGAGACUGUAAAGUUUCAAUCUUUUCUGUGUCAUACAGGUUCCAAAGUUGGAAAAUACACCAAAAAGGUAAUUAGUUAACACUUCAUUCACUCACUGGUCACGAUCCAUAAUAGUCCAUACCAAACGCUUCGUGCUUCGUGGUUCUUUGAAUUGGGAGGUUGAGUUUCUUCUAAGCCUGUUGAAAAAAUUACCAACUUGGGGAGCUGACAGCGGGACACAGUUGGUGUGAAAAGAAAUUCAUUAGCAUUGUUGCAAAGAAUGAGUGAGUGAGAGAGAGAGAGAGAGAGAGAAAGGUCUUGACUUGACUGAUGUACUAUAUUUUUUGUGUUGUGUGUGUGAACUGUGAAGUGGAAGGGGGACAACAGCGUAUCUGGGAAAAUCGGGAAAAUUCGAUUUAGUUAUGUUAUGUGCUUAAAUUAAGCCAAGAAAAAAGUAAACAAGAGAAAAGAAUAAAAAAGGGUAUAAAAAAUUGAACAAGUACAUGGUGUGAGAGAGAGAAGGGGGGCACACUCAGAUCAAUACCAAACCAAAUUGGUUCCAAUUGUUCAUUGUACAGCCACCUUGUUCUCUUUCCUGUACAGACAGAUGAUGAAUAGGGAAGAAAGAUAGGGGCAGAGAGAAAUUGAUGGUGAUAGGUCUUGGGUUGAAGAUGAAGAGUGAGCAAGCAGGGAGCAAUGGAAAGAACACUUUCAUUCAGGCACAUAGGGCAUGGCUUCCCAAGCUUUUGAUGUUGUGGAUCCUUCUCAUGGCUCUAAUUGGUUGGUGCAUCUAUACUAAAAUGGAUGCUGACACUAAAGUCAGAAGAAAAGAGGUGCUCGGUAGCCUCUGUGAUCAAAGGGCAAGAAUGCUGCAAGAUCAAUUCAGUGUUAGUGUCAACCAUGUCCAUGCCCUUGCCAUCCUUGUUUCAACCUUCCAUUACUACAGAACACCUUCUGCAAUUGACCAGGAAACCUUUGCAGAUUAUACAGCCAGGACAGCAUUUGAAAGACCAUUGCUCAGUGGAGUGGCCUAUGCACAAAGAGUGGUUAACUCCGAGAGAGAAUCAUUUGAGAAGCAACAUGGAUGGGUUAUAAAGACAAUGGAAAGAAAGCCUUCUCAGGUUAGAGAUGAGUAUGCACCGGUGAUAUUUGCACAAGAAACUCUUUCUUACCUCGAAUCUCUUGAUAUGAUGUCCGGGGAGGAGGACCGAGAGAAUAUUUUGAGGGCUAGGGCCACUGGGAAAGCUGUUCUCACUAGCCCUUUUAAGCUGUUGGGUUCUCAUCAUCUUGGUGUGGUUUUGACAUUUCCUGUUUAUAAAUCUAAGCUCCCUACAAAGCCAACAAUGGAAGAGCGUAUUAAAGCAACAGCUGGAUAUGUUGGAGGAUCCUUUGAUGUUGAGUCCCUCGUGGAGAAUUUACUUGGUCAACUUGCUGGUAACCAAGCAAUUUUGGUGAACGUAUAUGACAUCACAAACUUUACUGAUCCCUUAAUCAUGUAUGGGAAGCAAGAUGAAGAAGGUGACAUGUCUCUUGUCCAUGAAAGUAAGCUUGAUUUUGGAGAUCCAUACAGGAAACAUAAAAUGAUAUGUAGGUAUCACCAGAAGGCACCGACAAACUGGAUAGCACUUACCACGGCAUUCUUAUUUUUUGUGAUUCUUUUAUUAGUGGGUUAUAUUUUGUAUAGUGCUGGAAAUCGUAUUGUCAAAGUAGAGGAUGAUUUUCAUAAAAUGGCAGAAUUAAAAGUCCGUGCAGAAUCAGCUGAUAUUGCGAAGUCACAGUUUCUAGCUACUGUCUCUCAUGAAAUCAGAACACCCAUGAAUGGCAUUUUAGGAAUGCUCGGUCUGCUUCUAGGCACAGAAUUGAGUUCCACUCAACUAGAUUAUGCUCAGACUGCUCAAGCAUGUGGGAUGGCUCUGAUAGCAUUGAUAAAUGAGGUGCUUGACCGUGCCAAAAUUGAAGCUGGCAAGUUAGAGCUGGAAACAGUUCCAUUUGACAUUCGAUCCAUACUUGAUGAUGUGCUUUCUCUUUUCUCCGAGAAGUCUCGGCACAAAGGUUUAGAGCUGGCAGUAUUUGUUUCUGAUAAAGUUCCAGAUAUUGUCAUGGGAGAUCCUGGAAGAUUCAGACAAAUAGUAACAAACCUUGUUGGCAAUUCAGUUAAAUUCACUGAGCGAGGACAUAUAUUGGUGAAAGUCCAUCUAGCUGAAAAUAGGAUGUCCACAAUGAAUGGAAAAAUGGAGACUUUUCUCAAUGGACGAUCAGAUGAAGUUGUGCAUGUGUCUAGCGGUGGUUAUAAUUUCAAAACUUUAAGCGGACAUGAAGCAGCUGAUGAACGGAACAGCUGGGACAAUUUUAAGCAUCUGAUUGCCGACGAAGAAUUUUUCUUUGAUGAUUCAGUUAAAAAGGUGGCAAGUGAAUCCUAUGAGCAAGUCACCUUGAUGGUGAGUGUGGAGGACACUGGGAAUGGAAUUCCUUUCAUAGCUCAAGAUAAGAUUUUCAUGCCAUUUGUACAGGCAGACAGCUCAACCUCAAGACAUUAUGGUGGUACUGGGAUUGGCUUGAGUAUAAGCAAGUGCCUGGUUGAACUGAUGGGUGGUGAGAUCAGUUUUAUAAGCCGACCCCAGGUUGGGAGCACGUUUUCAUUUACUGCAGAUUUUGGAACAAUCAAGAAAAAUUCAAUAACUGACAUGAAGAAACAUAACUUGGAAGAUCUGCGUUCCAGUUUUAGAGGGUUUAAAGCCAUUGUGGUUGAUGGAAAACCUGUUAGAGCAGCUGUUACUAGAUACCAUCUGAAGAGACUAGGGAUUCAGGCCAAAGUUGCAAAUAGCAUCAAUAAGGCUGUUUCUUUAUGUGGGAAAAAUUGGUCUUUGACCUCAGGAAUAUUUCAGCCUGAUAUGAUUUUUGUUGAGAAAGACUCGUGGAUUUGUGGAGAGGAUGGGAUCUUCAACGUGUGGCAGCUGGACUGGAAACAGAACGGGCACAUGUUUAAGAUACCUCAAAUGAUCCUUCUUGCAACCAACAUUACUAAUGCUGAAUUUGAUAAAGCUAAAGCAGCAGGUUUCAGUGAUACUGUGAUCAUGAAGCCUCUGAGAGCCAGCAUGGUGGCUGCAUGUCUUCAACAAGUUCUGGGAACGGGGAAGAAGAGACAGCUAGGAAAGGACACUGGUUCAUCUUUUGCACGAAGCCUUCUUUGUGGGAAAAAAAUACUUGUGGUUGAUGACAAUAGGGUAAAUAGAAGGGUCGCAGCAGGUGCAUUACAAAAUUUUGGAGCUCAUGCAACGUGUGCAGAAAGUGGCAAAAUUGCUCUUGAAAUGCUUCAAUUGCCUCACAAUUUUGAUGCUUGCUUCAUGGAUAUUCAAAUGCCAGAAAUGGACGGGUUUCAAGCAACUGGGAAAAUUCGGGAAAUGGAGAGAAAGGCAAAUGAGCUUCUGAUGAAUGGUGAAUGUGGUGAAGGAAAUGGCUGGAAAAAGGAGUACCAUUUACCUAUAUUGGCCAUGACAGCAGAUGUAAUUCAAGCAACGUACGAGAAGUGUGUGGAAUGUGGAAUGGAUGGUUACGUUACAAAGCCUUUUGAGGAUGAAAAUCUGUAUCAAGCAGUUGCAAAGUUUUUCAACCCCAAGCCUACCUCAGACAACUCAUUACAGAAUGGCAACAGAACUGGGAAAGCACCUNUUCCAUUUGACAUUCGAUCCAUACUUGAUGAUGUGCUUUCUCUUUUCUCCGAGAAGUCUCGGCACAAAGGUUUAGAGCUGGCAGUAUUUGUUUCUGAUAAAGUUCCAGAUAUUGUCAUGGGAGAUCCUGGAAGAUUCAGACAAAUAGUAACAAACCUUGUUGGCAAUUCAGUUAAAUUCACUGAGCGAGGACAUAUAUUGGUGAAAGUCCAUCUAGCUGAAAAUAGGAUGUCCACAAUGAAUGGAAAAAUGGAGACUUUUCUCAAUGGACGAUCAGAUGAAGUUGUGCAUGUGUCUAGCGGUGGUUAUAAUUUCAAAACUUUAAGCGGACAUGAAGCAGCUGAUGAACGGAACAGCUGGGACAAUUUUAAGCAUCUGAUUGCCGACGAAGAAUUUUUCUUUGAUGAUUCAGUUAAAAAGGUGGCAAGUGAAUCCUAUGAGCAAGUCACCUUGAUGGUGAGUGUGGAGGACACUGGGAAUGGAAUUCCUUUCAUAGCUCAAGAUAAGAUUUUCAUGCCAUUUGUACAGGCAGACAGCUCAACCUCAAGACAUUAUGGUGGUACUGGGAUUGGCUUGAGUAUAAGCAAGUGCCUGGUUGAACUGAUGGGUGGUGAGAUCAGUUUUAUAAGCCGACCCCAGGUUGGGAGCACGUUUUCAUUUACUGCAGAUUUUGGAACAAUUAAGAAAAAUUCAAUAACUGACAUGAAGAAACAUAACUUGGAAGAUCUGCGUUCCAGUUUUAGAGGGUUUAAAGCCAUUGUGGUUGAUGGAAAACCUGUUAGAGCAGCUGUUACUAGAUACCAUCUGAAGAGACUAGGGAUUCAGGCCAAAGUUGCAAAUAGCAUCAAUAAGGCUGUUUCUUUAUGUGGGAAAAAUUGGUCUUUGACCUCAGGAAUAUUUCAGCCUGAUAUGAUUUUUGUUGAGAAAGACUCGUGGAUUUGUGGAGAGGAUGGGAUCUUCAACGUGUGGCAGCUGGACUGGAAACAGAACGGGCACAUGUUUAAGAUACCUCAAAUGAUCCUUCUUGCAACCAACAUUACUAAUGCUGAAUUUGAUAAAGCUAAAGCAGCAGGUUUCAGUGAUACUGUGAUCAUGAAGCCUCUGAGAGCCAGCAUGGUGGCUGCAUGUCUUCAACAAGUUCUGGGAACGGGGAAGAAGAGACAGCUAGGAAAGGACACUGGUUCAUCUUUUGCACGAAGCCUUCUUUGUGGGAAAAAAAUACUUGUGGUUGAUGACAAUAGGGUAAAUAGAAGGGUCGCAGCAGGUGCAUUACAAAAUUUUGGAGCUCAUGCAACGUGUGCAGAAAGUGGCAAAAUUGCUCUUGAAAUGCUUCAAUUGCCUCACAAUUUUGAUGCUUGCUUCAUGGAUAUUCAAAUGCCAGAAAUGGACGGGUUUCAAGCAACUGGGAAAAUUCGGGAAAUGGAGAGAAAGGCAAAUGAGCUUCUGAUGAAUGGUGAAUGUGGUGAAGGAAAUGGCUGGAAAAAGGAGUACCAUUUACCUAUAUUGGCCAUGACAGCAGAUGUAAUUCAAGCAACGUACGAGAAGUGUGUGGAAUGUGGAAUGGAUGGUUACGUUACAAAGCCUUUUGAGGAGGAAAAUCUGUAUCAAGCAGUUGCAAAGUUUUUCAACCCCAAGCCUACCUCAGACAACUCAUUACAGAAUGGCAACAGAACUGGGAAAGCACCUUAAUAAUUGGACACACUCUCACUACUGGCAUUUUUCAUAGUUUGCUAGUGAUCUGAAUGUGCUUCAACAUACAGAAGAAGAGCUUCAGUUGGUUUCAAGACAUCUGAGAUUAUGCAGUAUGCAUGCAACAUUACACACCCAUAUGCAGUGAUCAUUUCUAUCCACCAGCUGAACAUGAUUUCAACCCGAAAAGAUGUAUACCACUACUACCCCAACUAGUGUACAGAUCUCCCAAGGGAUGAGAAAAAUCAUGUAAAUUCAAUAUUUUUCUUUGGCAUCUCGAUACUCCCUAUCAGAAGGGUUUCACUAUAGUCUCUAUUUUUUAGUUUUGAAAUCCUUUUUUUCUGUAAAAUUGUCUUGUAUAAGAUUUGGUUAGUUACUACUAUUAUUGUUCAGAAGGAAAAAGUUGCCAUAUGCUUUUUCCUACACUUCCAAUUCCUUCCAAUGGCGUUUAAAUAAUUCACUUCAUUCACACAAUGGAAUCAUUCAUCUCCUAUAUCAGACUAGUAACUUCGAGAAGCAAACUUGAGAGAGUUUAUGUGAGGAAAGAGAAGGAAAAAUGCACACGUUCAGCAUGGUGAUGGUGGUGGUAGCCACGUGGCAACCCCAGAAACAAUGUGAAGCAACAUUUGUCAACAGCUGGUAGCAAGCAUAGUGAGGUGGCAACCUCUCUAUAUGACAUGACAUGCAUAUAGAAAGAAUGAGUUAAUGUCUGUAUCAAGUGCAUACAUAUAUAAAUUAGGUAGGUAGGUGUGAAAAUGGUAGAACUUUGAAGAAAUAAAAGAAAUGAAUAUGGAACAGUAUCAGAAUCAGUACGGUGCUGCUCCUACCAGUAAGGAUUCUGUCCAGCGGGAAAUGGAGACCACCGGAGACACCACCGGAGUUGGGUUUGGUGGCGGCGGCGGUGGUGGCAGUACACAAGUCAUAGCUGAAGAUUAUGUUACCAGCAACAGCAACAGCAGUGGUGAGAAGCAGCAGAAAGGAAUCAUAGAGAAAAUAAAAGAGAAGCUUCCUGGGACUGGAUCACAUCAACGCAAGUAGCUCUCACAAUCAUCAACACUGUAAAAUCAUGUCAUGUUAUGUGACAAAUGUUACGCAUGUUGUCUUUCCUACAUAAUGCUAAAUACGAUUAUGUCCUUCCUUCUCUCACCAAAUUAAUAAAACUACUUCUGUUUUAUGUUCUGUUCUGUUCUGGUUCA